UUUGUUCAUAAACAUCUUUUUUAAACAUGGCAUCAAACUUUGAUUUAAAUUAUAAUUUUAAUCAACAUCUUGAUCAAUCAACAAAGAAUGAAGAUGAUGUAGACUGGGGGUCUCUAGACUUCCUCCUUGAUGACGAAUUCCAACUGGAACAAAUUGUUUCCACAUCAGCAGAAGAUGCAAUUAAGGAAUUAGAGGCUGCAUUUUCUGCUGAAAGAAAAGAAAACUUUGCGCCACUAAAAUUUGAAAAUCCUUCUGGACAAUCUACAUGUAAAAGGUUCAAAACUGCCACAGAAAAGGAACUUUUUGACCUACAGGAAAAAAGGCAGUCAAGAUCUACUAAAAAUAACACCAAAUGGGGUGUUAAAUUAUUUCAAGAUUGGAGUAUGGAAUCACUAGGAUACCUGACAGAUUUCGAGACCAUUUCUGCCAGUGAUUUGAACACACUCCUUGGCAGAUUUUAUGCAGAAGCAUGUAAACAGUCAGACAAACGAAAACCUAGCCAAAAUAUGGAAUACCAUAAAAAUUCUUUCAAAUCUAUCAGAUCAGCACUCAACAGAUACCUACAGGACUUGGGACGGGAUUUUGAUAUUGUUAGGGGAAGGGAAUUUCGCACUAGUAACAACAUUCUAGAUGGAAAAUUGAAGAAAAAUCUGCAGGACGGCCUAUCUAAGCCUACACAACAUAAGGAAAUUAUACCUCAAGCUGAUUUGCUCAAAAUUUCUGCUUACCUUUUUGAUACAGAAAAUCCAAUCACCCUCCGCUUCAGAACAUGGUUCAUAAUUUCAAUGCAAUUUGUCACACGUGGAUUAGAAUUCCAUCACCAACUGAAACGGGACUCUUUUGUUUUCAAAACGGAUGAAAAUGGCGAUGAGUAUGUCACAUUAUCUCACGAAACAAAACAAAAAAAUUGGCAAGGUGGGAUCGACUCUAUAGAAAAUCCAAAGGAAAAGCGUAUGUAUGCUGUGCCUAGCGCCGGAGAUAAAUGUCCAUUAAAAACGCUUAAACUCUUUAUAUCAAAAACAGAUCCAAAUGCUGAGUUCCUGUUUAAUCGUUGUAUCAAAGCCGCACUUUCUUCCCCGGAAAACUUGGAAAUUUGGUAUGACAACAUUCCACUUAAACCAUACCAAUUCACUAGAUUUAUGGCAGAUAUUUCAAAGCAUUCUGAUUGCUCCCGAAGGUACACAGCCCACUGUUUACGGGCAAGAGCUAUUCAGGGGAUGAACGAUGCCGGGUAUGAAAUAAGACACAUAAUGCAUAUGAGCGGACACAAGAGUGAAGCUUCGGUUAGAAGUUAUAACAGAGACUGUACCACGAUCCAAAAGAAAAACAUGAGCGACACACUUAGCAGACUUACCGUUUCUACAUGCAGCCCAGGGUGUAUUCCUAAAUCGCAGACUGAGGACCAAAGCCAGUCCAUUGAUCGCAUGUCAUCUAACGUUCCCAUUUCCGCCUCGUCAUCCAAUCCCGGAUAG